AUCGUACUGCUGAAUCCAUGAACUCGACAAUCCCCACUGAUGCCUGGACAGCCAGGAACACUUCGGUCGAAAUGAAAAGACAUAGGGGGGCUAGUAUGAAAACAUUUGUGGCGUAAUUGCAGGAAGCAAUCAGAGCUUCAGAGACGUUUCGUUUUAUUUUUAAAUAAACCAUGCAAGACGAAAAGCUCUGUCAAUGGCGAGAAGACGUUGAAGAGUAGCAAUCAUAACUGCACAUGGUGGGAGCAUGCUGGAUGUUGGGAAGUGGCCAGUAUUUGCGCUCGUGCCUCCGAACGAGCUGAGGCUGAUCCGGCAGGCCUGCGUCUUCGGCAGCUCGGGGAAUGAGGCCAUCUACGUCACAGUCAACGAUGAGGUCUUCGCUCUGGGCACUAACUGUAGCGGCUGCCUGGGACUGGGGGACGUUCAGAGCACCAUCGAGCCGCGCAGGGUGGACGUCCUCUGUGGGAAGAAGAUCGUGUCGCUGAGCUACGGCACGGCGCCGCACGUGGUCAUCGCCACCGCGGAUGGAGAGGUGUACGCCUGGGGCCACAACGGCUACAGUCAGCUGGGGAACGGCACCACCAACCACGGCAUGAUCCCCGCCCACGUGUCCACCAACCUGCUCAACAAGAAGGUGGUGGAGGUGGCCUGUGGUUCCCAUCACACCAUCGCCCGCACCUUGGAUGGAGAGGUGUACGCGUGGGGGUACAACAACUCGGGACAGGUGGGCUCCGGCUCCACCGCCAACCAGCCCACGCCGCGGCGGGUGAGCAGCUGCCUGCAGAGCAAGGUGGUGGUGAACAUCGCCUGCGGCCAGCUCUGCUCCAUGGCCGUGCUGGACAGCGGGGAGACCUACGGCUGGGGCUACAACUGCAACGGCCAGCUGGGCCUGGGCAACAACGGGAACCAGCACACGCCUUGCCGCAUCGCCGCCCUGCAGGGCAUCAACAUAGUGCAGAUAGCCUGCGGCUACGCCCACACUCUGGCCCUGACGGAGGACGGGUUGGUCUACGCCUGGGGCGCCAACUCCUACGGGCAACUGGGCACGGGCAACAGGAGCAACCAGGCUGUGCCCGUGCUGGUGAACCUGGAAAAGGAGAGGCUGGUGGAGGUGGCAGCCUGCCACAGCACCCACACGUCGGCGGCUAAGACGCAGGCGGGGCAGGUGCUGAUGUGGGGCCAGUGCAGGGGCCAGGCGGUGGCCAGCCCCCACCUCACGCACUGCUCCAGCACUGACGACGUCUUCGCCUGCUUCGCCACGCCCGCCGUCACCUGGCACCUCCUCUCUGUGGACGGAGAUGAUUACCUCACGGUGGCGCAGUCGCUGAAGAAGGAGUUCGACUGCCCGGAGAUCUCAGACCUGAAGUUCCUGGUGGACGGAAAGCCCAUCCACGUCCACAAGGCCCUGCUGAAGAUCAGGUGCGAGCACUUCAGAACCCUGCUCAACGAGUCGGACGAGGACUCCAUCGAGAUCCAGCAGUUCUCCUACCUGGUGUACCGCGCCUUCCUGGAGUACCUGUACACAGACACCAUUAACCUGCCCCCGGAGGACGCUGUGGGACUGCUGGAUCUGGCAACCUUCUACAGGGAGAACAGGCUGAAACGGCUGUGCCAGGACACCAUAAAGAGGGGGAUCUCCGAGGAGAACGCCAUCACCCUGCUCUCCGCUGCCGUCAAAUACGAGGCCCAGGACCUGGAGGAUUUCUGCUUCAAGUUCAGCGUCAACCACCUGACAGCCGUGACCCAAUCGCAGGCGUUUGCGGCCAUGGACCACAACCUGCUCAAGAACUUCAUCAGCAAAGCCAGCCGAUACGGAGCCUUCAAGAACUAAGCAGAACCCAGGACCCAGAGAGGGAGAGGGGGAGGAGGGACUGGGCCGGCUGCCUGGGACCUAGAGAGGGGGGCGGAGAAAAAGGGGAUCCAGGGAGGGGGCGGGGCAAUGGGGACUCAGAGAGGGGGCAAGGGAAAGGGGGCAAUCGGGAUGCGCAGAGAAUCCGCUGACAGGGCAUUAGAACUAACCUGAGCCAGAUGAAAGGCCCCAGAAGACUGAUUGGGGAGGAGCCAUCUCCACUAACUGGAAAUGAUUAAGCUCUACCUGAAACAGGUGCACAUACUACAUGCACACACACACACACACACACACACACACAAAGACAGAGAUAAGGUAGCAUAUGAAAAAGCCUGUAGCAGUGAAUUAAUCAUUAAGUGGACCUGACCAUGUGAGAGACAAAGCUACAGCUUCUCUCUGGUCUAAAACAAACUGCACUUCUCUGGGUAGUCUGAUCUCAUUCAGGAAUCUGGCUGAUCUAUAUCAUCUGAAGUCACACAAAACAUGAGCUUUCCUGCCCAGGCUGAGGGGUACCUGUGUGGCAGUGAGCCUUAGAGUGAGGCCAGGGGUACCUGUGUGGCAGUGGGACUUAGAGUGAGGCCAGGGGUACCUGUGUGGCAGCGGGCCUUAGAGUGAGGCCAGGGGUACCUGUGUGGCUGUGAACCUUAGAGUGAGGCCAGGGGUGCCUGUGUGGCAGUGGGACUUAGAGUGAGGCCAGGGGUGCCUGUGUGGCAGUGAACCAGUGAGGCAGGUCUCAGAUUACACUUUACAGACUCUGAUCUGAGCUGAAAGAAAGACUCUUACUUACAGGUGAUGUUACGAACAUCACCAAUAUGACAGUUACUGGGAUUCACAUCUGAUAUAUCAAAACAGCAAGGUGUGUGUAGAAAAGGGUCAAGAUGAAUUAUGCAAAUUAGGACUUUUUUCCAUUUAAGACUUUUUUUAAAGACUAGUUUUUAGUUUUAGUAUUUAGUUGGAAAUGAGCUCCGUGAAGAGAUGUAAAAGUACUAAGGAACAAAAAAACACGUCGAUAUUAGAGAAGAUGCUGAAUUGUGAUAUUGAAACAUAGGCAAAUAUUAUUUUUGAGGGGUUUUUUUUGUUGUUUUUUUAUUGCCAUGAUAGUUAUAUCUGAUAUCAUUGCUAUUUACAGUGUAUAUUUCAAAAGGUCAAAGGGAUUUUCAUCCAGUGUGCGGAUUCCAUAGAGUCCUGUCUCUUUUUACAUUGUAUUGUUAUGUCUUUGUCUUUUUUUAUAUAUAUAUAUAUAUUGUGGACAGAGCUGCCCUGUGAACUUCCUCUUUCGGAUUAGCAGCUGAACGGUUAACAGUCGAUCCGCCGGCGCGGCUCUUGUUGACAGAGAGCGGGGAUCUGACGUAGCGUGCAUCGGUGGCUGAUAGGCCAUUAAUCAUUAACACGCACCCAGCAGCUGUCCGCCGUUCGCCUCUCCGAGGCGGAGCAGCGUUUCCAGGGUUACCGCGGGGUAUCUCCGGGUGACCGCCGGAGCCUCCGCCUCCGCACCCGCGAGAACGCUUCACCUGGGAGCCCGUCCACCCCGUCUCUCGGCAACAGGUCAACACGCGCCCGGCGGCGACGGCGCGGUGCCACGAUCUCUCGCGUCAACGCUGUGCGAUGCGCCUUUUCCCCAGGGCGUUACACGCUAGCGACUGCGUACAGCAGCGAGGCCAUCCCUGCCAUUUCGGUUCUGUCAGAUUCAGGAAAUGAACUGAACUUCCGGUUCAUCGACUGAAAAUGAAGUUCAAUGACUUGACUGAAUGUAAAUGUAAUUGACCUGGUCAUGUAUGACAAACGGAACCAUGGGACGCCUAGUUGAGCAGUUAUUUUGGUUGUGAAAGACCACUGUACAUCUUUACCAUAUGUUCAGCAUAAGGGAGUGCUCUACUAGCAGGCCUGUUCAUCAGUCAGUAGAGGAUGUGCUGCUAGUUUCAAGAAUGCAGGUCAAGGUGUCACAUGAGCAUGUUCAAAAUGACGAAUAAACGAAAUAUAACAAAG